AUGCCCCUCCACCCAUACUUCAUUUUUGAUGGGCCAGACUGCCCUCAGCUCAAGAGGGGAAAAGACAUUGUGUGCCCAUGCUAUCCACCCCUCCUUGUGCAGCGCUUUCAAGAGCUGUUGAUGGCAUUUGGUUUCAGCUGGCACAUGGCUCCAGGGGAGGCAGAGGUGGAACUUGCCUGCCUCCAGUCAUGCACCCUCAUCAACAUCAUGGUGAUGCCAUACAACAAUGUGCUGCUGUUUGGUGUGACUUGCAUCAUUCGCAGCCUCAAGUGGGGCAACUUCCUCCUUGUUAUGCUGAUGAGUAGUGUAGAUAGUGAGACCCUCUUCCAAGCCACUAUCAUGUUUCAGUUCAAGGAGUUUAUGGAGUUUGUUGCCAGGUGGUGUGACAACAUCUGUGAGGUACUACAAAUGGAUCCUCAACACCUCCUCAGACAUAGGCACCAUGAGCUUGCCCAUAUCAUUGUGGAGGAACACAUUGAGUUCCCUGACCCUGUGAUCUUAGUGAUGUAUCUGUUACCUCUUACCUCAUGGUCAGAGGGUCACCAUCCCCCCAUUGCCAUUGUGAGGUCUUGUCAGCCUGAUCUUGCAUUUCUGGCAGAGUUCUGUUUGCAGCGCCUUGGCUGGUUGCCAGAUACCAUCCAGUCCAGAUUGAUGGGUGCUUGUGCCGGUGCAGCCAUGUGCACACUUCUGCAGCUGCCAGGGAAUGUUGAUAGUGAGUGGCUGCAACAUGACCUUCAGGUCCUGAGCCAUUCUGACAAAUCAUACAAGCUCUCUGUGCUGAGUUUGCCACUUGAAACACCAGUGGAUGCAGAUCCAUCACCUGCAUACGAGAUAGAGAUGCCAGCAGUCAUGUUAGAAUACUCAAGACCUGAUUUGGUGGAGUCAAUGGUUAACCUUCCUCAUGAAACUGGAGUUAUUGACCUGGUAGGUGGUGUGGAUGCACUGCAUCUCAAAGCUGGAGUCAUUGGUCUCAUGGAUGAGGACUAA